AUGUACGACGAAGAGCCAGACGAGGACAGAUUAAUCGCUCAGGGCGGCAUUGGCAUUCCAAUCGGACCGGACGGACUCCCCGCCCCGCUGCUGCCUCCGAUCUCCGCCGAACACGCUGGCAGGAAAUGUCUCGUCCUGGAUCUUGACGAAACGCUGCUUCAUAGCAGUUUCAAGGGCAUCUCGUCGGCCGACUAUAUCGUGCCGGUCGAAAUCGAAUCGCAAAUACACAACGUUUACGUGGUCAAGCGUCCUGGAGUGGACAACUUUUUGCUCAAGAUGGGGGAAAUCUACGAGGUUGUCGUCUUUACCGCCAGUCUAAGCAAGUACGCAGACCCCGUUCUCGAUAUUCUGGAUAUCCACAAGGUUGUCAAACACAGGCUGUUCCGGGAGAGCUGUUAUAACCACAAGGGCAACUAUGUCAAGGACCUAUCUCAACUCGGACGGGAAAUGUCCAAGUCGAUCAUCAUCGACAAUUCGCCCGCCUCGUACAUCUUCCACCCUCACAACGCCGUCCCGGUCUCUACUUGGUUCAACGACCCGCACGACACGGAACUCACCGACCUAUGCCCAUUCCUGACUGAUUUGGGAACUGUGGACGAUAUCCGAGGCGUGUUGGACGGCUCGCUCUGA